GUUCAAAAGGAGUUAACGAUUACGUGGAAAUAAUUUUCACAUAAUCUUAGAAUGUUACUAUUUAGUCAUGAGUAGUGCUUUUACGAAUUCUUGUGUUAAAGUUCCAAUAGAUCCUAUUAGUAAAAUGCCUAAAACAGCUUACGAAAGAAUCAAUAAGACUUUAGUAGAACAGCAAUCUAUUGAUUCAUCAACCUGCGUCACGCCUUCCCCUGCGGAUGUUUAUGCUGAAAAAGUAAAGGACUUUUAUCGAAGUAUACCUGACUACAAUGAUAUUAAUCAUUUACCAUCAACAGAAUUUUAUUCAACUUUACAAAAAUUACGAGAAAAGAAGAAAGCUGUUUUAGGGCUCCAUGGAGAUAAUACCAAUGACCACUUACAUAAAGACGAAACUCAUUUACUGUAUAAUAAACAACCCAGUGGUUACUCUAACGAUGGAGAUGAUGUGGAAAAAUCUAAUAAGAUUAAAAAUAGCAAAUCCAGUAACAUAACAAGAAGAAAAAAGUCAAUAGAAAAAAAAGAUAUUGAAGACCUGAAUUUGCAUUUAGCAAACAAGACAGAAAAUGUUGCAAAUGACAAGAUUCCUGGAAGCUGUUUAAAAGUGAAUCAGAAUAACAGUUAUGAUUUAAACAAUAAAGAUUGUGGGAAAAGUAAAUCGAGGAACCACUCUGCUUGUUCCAUUUCUUGGCAUGACGAUAAGGUUGGACGUGAUAAAUGUGAAAUAGACAAAAAGUUUGAUAAGUUUUUUCAAUUAAAAGGAAUAGAUAGUUAUAAGAGAGAUGAAUUUAGUACUCAAAGUAUGCCUUCAAGUCCCCUACGAAGUAAAUCUCUUAGAUCCUCAAGUCGCAACAGAAAAAAGUUAACUAUUCCAAAGCCUUUUAAAAUGACGCUUAGGGAUGAUGAUGAACGCAUUCUAAACGGACUUCGUACAAUACAGAAGUCGUUUUCAGAUGAUAUGUUGAACCAAAAACGAGAAAGGAAGCAAUUUCAUGCCAGGCCGGUACCUAUAGAAUCACGGAUUCCUCUCUAUGACAAGAUUCUCGAAGACCAGGCUAUGAGGCGUGCUAUUACAAAAAUAAACAGCGAAGCCGAACUUCGAGCGCAAAUGAAACCGUUUAGUUUCACUAGAAGAGAAGAGAAUGGGAUGGCAGGAGUGUGUGAGAGAGCAGUACACAUUCUACCUAAACCGAAAAAGAAGAAGCGUUUCAAAGCCCGUCCAGUUCCGAAGAACCUUUUCUCUAAUUAUUUCUAUGAUAAGAAGAAGCAGGACGAAUUUUUCAGAUCAAUGAAUCGUCGUAUCAGAGCAGAGGAAAUGUUACGAAGCGCCAACUACCCGGGUAGCAUGGAGACCCGUGACCGCAGUCGUCUAUCGACGCCGGCUGCACACAGUGAUCUGCCUGUAGACCCGUCGCCCGCCGCACCUUCCACAUUAUCCUCGGACAGAGCCAGAUGCUCCAGUCCGGCUAAAGUAUGUAAAUCGUCCAAAGACAACUUUAUAACGACCAGCCCACAACCAUUCCGUUUCAAGACAGCUACUAGAGCGAAUCAAAAGAUGUUAGAUAUAGCGCAAAAAGUAUACCAAAGUGGAAAAAGCACUGAUAGUAUCAGUGAUUCCAUUGCAAAACCUCGCGUGUACUCCGCAUUGGAGCUGAAAGGGGCAGCUGCGGGACGGUCUAACCUGGCAGCUCUGCUCCGGGCUGAGUCCGUGCGGAGGAGGUUCGAAAUGGAAGCGGCUACAUGUCUAGCUGAGCAACGAAGGAGAAUUGAAUUACGUCAAAGAGAUCGCCAGUUACGAGCCAAACCAGCCUGGCAUCUCGUGAAAAACAAUCAUGAAGAGGAUAUAGCGAUGCGACUACAGACGCGGCGAGAUGAAGAGAGAAUGCGCCGCGAAGAGUUCUUGCACGAGAUGGAGCUUAUGUACGGUCGAGUGCAACAGCAACCACUACUCUUUGAAAGAUACUACGCCCCGCGGUCGUAUUCUCCCUGUAACAUUCGACUGUCACCAAGAAAAGGCUCAGGCAAGAAACGCGGACGAAGAAAUCGUUCCUAUCACUUGAUCACGUCAAGUGAUGAUUUCGACAGCGAUGUCCAAAAAUGUAUGGACAAAAUCGAUAAUGAUAAAGUAUUUUAGAAUUCAGAUGACUUAAUUGGCAACAUAGAAGAUGCUUGUAAUUUUACUGUUGAUUAACUAAAUCAUGUAAACUAAUUUUUUAAAAUUAAGUCUUCAUAUUGUAGUGCACCAGUAAAGGUACUAGCCCACUGGUACAUAAAUUGCAUCUAUUAAUAGUUUGUUACUGCACUAUGAUCGUUGAGUUGAGUAAACUUUAAUUAUGAUACUAAAUAAAUAAACCUUAAAU